AUGGUAGCCAAGGAAAUUUACGUCGCCGUCAUUGGUGCUGGUGGUGUGGGAAAAUGCUUUUUAUCCCAACUUGAAGCUCUUUCUCAACGAUACACUUCAUCCAAGAUAUCCCUAAUCUUCGUAUCAAGGAGCAAGAAAGUUCUCUACAGCCCAAAAUAUACUCCUCUCUCAUAUUCCAACCUCUCAACUACACUCGCAGACUCCACACAAGAACCCCUCUCUAUACCAAAGAUUAUCGAAUACUUAGCAGCUGCGCCUGCAAAGGUCGUACUUGUCGAUAACACAAGUUCGCAAGAUGUAGCGGAUGCAUACCCACAAGUUUUGUCAAAGGGAAUCUCGAUAGUCACUCCCAACAAGAAGGCAUUCUCUGGAUCAUUUAAGUUAUGGCAGGAUGUCUUCUCCGCAGCUUCAUCAUCUGGGGCUAAGGUUUAUCAUGAGAGCUCAGUCGGAGCUGGAUUACCCGUUAUUUCUACUUUGAAAGAAUUGGUCGACACCGGUGACUCUGUCACCAAAAUCGAGGGUGUCUUUAGCGGUACAAUGUCAUUCUUGUUCAAUUCCUUUGCUCCUACUGAAGGUUCAGGAGGAAAAUGGUCUGCGGAGGUCGCAAAGGCAAAAGAAUUGGGCUAUACUGAACCGGAUCCAAGAGACGAUUUGAACGGUCUGGAUGUUGCCAGAAAAUUGACAAUUCUAGCAAGAUUGGCAGGUCUUGAGGUUGAAUCUCCUACUUCAUUCCCAGUUCAAAGUUUAAUCCCCAAAGAAUUGGAGAGCGUUUCAAGUGGAGAGGAAUUUCUUCAGAAGUUGCCCGAGUUUGAUUCUCAGAUGGAAGAAACAAAGAUUGCCGCCGAGAAGGAGGGUAAGGUUGUGCGAUUCGUUGGAAGUAUUGAUGUAGCAAAGAAGGAGGUGAAGGUGGGUUUGGAGAAAUUCGACAGAUCACACCCAAUUGCUGCACUUAAAGGAAGCGAUAACAUCAUCAGCUUCUACACAAAACGAUAUGGGUCCAAUCCCUUGAUUAUUCAAGGAGCUGGUGCUGGAGGAGACGUGACGGCAAUGGGUGUCACAGGUGAUCUGAUCAAGGUCCUCGAAAGACUUUCUUGA